GACUAAUCUUUUCUUCUUUUUUUCUUUUUAUUCACGUUUUAUCAUUACAUCCUCUUCUAUUUCCCGAGCAGUCUGCCACCCUGUAUUAAUAUCGUUGCUUAUAAUAUGUUUCUCAUGUACAUUUAUCUCUGUUGUCAUGGUUUUUGUUUGGUCAUCUGCAAUUCUUUUGAGCGCAAUCCGGUCACAAUGGUUUUCGCCCCAUUUUUGUACAGAAGGUGUCUCAUCUCAGAUAUGGGCAUCGCUUUGCUACUACUGCAUGUGGAGACAUCCGCGAGUCAUGUUCACUUGCUCUGCUUCACUCCCAAAAUCUUUGCUGGCGUUUCAUCUCAUUUGCUCCAUUUAUGGGUCUCCGUCAUAUUGUUUCAUCGUUGCCUCGGUUCUAUGCGAGAUGCGUGUCGGCAACCGCGGAUUUUUAAUGUAUUUACUGAAUGAUGCCGGCGCAGGUUUUUCUUCAUGGCUAUGAUUUCUUGCGCUUUUCUCAUAGAUAUGUUGUUGAUUUAUGAUUUAUCUAGAUUUGUUCGUCG